AUGAGCACUGAGAGAAGAUUAGAAGCAAACACAAAAUUGAGAGAAUCCUACAAUGAAGUCAUGAGAGAGUACAUAAUGUUACAACAUAUGGAAUUAGUUGAACGAGAUGAACCUAUGAGAGAGCCAGACAGAAGAGUAUACCUGUCACAUCAUCCUGUGAUCCGUGAAGAUAGAGACACUACUAAGCUUCGGGUAGUUUAUGAUGCUUCAUGCAGAGGAGCCAACGGAGUAAGCCUCAACUCAGAACUGCUAAUUGGUCCGUCACUUCUGGGAGAUCUUCGAGACAUUCUUAUGAGAUGGAGAACGCAUAAAGUCUGCUUUGUCGCCGAUGUCAUCAAAAUGUACCGGCAGAUCCUUGUAAGAAGAGAAGACACAGACUUUCAGAGAAUACUUUGGAGAUUCAGCCCUGAUGAAGACAUAAGAGAGUAUAGAAUGCUAACUGUAACCUUCGGAACAGCAUGUGCACCAUUCUUAGCAAUCAAAACCCUGAGACAGAUAGCAAUCGAUGAGGCAAACACAGAAGAUUAUGCACAAGCUCGAGAAAUCAUCAACCAUUCUUUCUACAUGGAUGAUGUACUGUCAGGGGGAAAUACAAUAGAAACCGCAGUAGAGGCUAAACGUCAACUGACAGAAGUACUAAGAAGAGGAGGCUUCGAGUUACAAAAAUGGUCUUCAAACAGCAAAGAAUUCAUAAACACAGUAGAACCAGAGAAGAGAGCGAAGAAUUCUGAGAUAGAUAUCAACAAAAAAGAGACAAUCAAAACAUUAGGAAUCACUUGGAACUCAAACGAAGAUACCCUCUUAGUAACAAACAAAAUCAACACUUUAUCUGAGCAGCAAGUAACAAAGAGAAACGUCUUAACAGUCAUCGCUUCCCUGUUUGAUCCAAUGGGUUGGCUAGCACCAUCUGUAGCCAUGGCGAAAAUAUUUCUACAGAAGACCUGGUCAAGAGAAUUAUCAUGGGACACAGAGUUACCUGAAGACUUGAAGACAGAGUGGAAGACUUUCUGCAGAGGCAUAGAGCACCUGUCAGACGUGAAGCUUGAGAGAUGGAUCGGAACGACCAACAACAGCGAGUUAGUAGAACUGCAUGGCUUUGCUGAUGCAUCAAUGUCAGCCUACGCAGCAGUAGUCUACAGCAAAGUAAUCCAACCAGACGGAGAAGUCAAAAUAUCACUCAUCAUGGCAAAAACAAAAAUCUCACCGUUGAAAAAACAACUCACUUUGCCCCGUCUUGAACUGAGUGCAGCACUGCUACUGAGCCAACUACUGAAACACGUCGCUACAGCUAUGAGAAUCGAGCACAACCAUACAUACGCUUAUUCAGAUUCAAAAGUAACCUUAGCCUGGAUUCUCGGAGACCCGCUGAAGUGGACAACAUUUGUGAAAAACCGAGUCAUUGCAAUCAACAACAACAUAGAUACAACAUGGUCGUACGUGAACACAAAAGAAAACCCUGCAGAUCCAGCAUCGAGAGGAGUCACACCUGAGAAAUUAAAAGAACAUACACUAUGGUUUCAAGGCCCAACAUUUUUACAUCAAAGAGAAUGGAGAAGAGAACACUAUGAAGUAGAAGAUACAGAUCUAGAAACAAGAAAAUCUAUCAAAUGCGCAACUACUACCUUGUCAGAGAAGACUCAGAAGACAGAAGAUUUCAUACUUACAAUUUCAAAGAGAUAUUCAUCAUUGAGAAAACUCAUCUCAGUCAUAGCCUACUGUAGAAGAUGGCUUAUCUUAAAAAACAAACAUGUAAAAGAAAACUUACCUCAAUAUGUAACUCAUGAUGAGCGAGAAGAAGCACUUACAACAUGUAUCAAGCUUUCUCAACAACUAGAAUUUCCACAAGAAAUCGAAGCUCUGAGAAAUCACACAACAUUGAAGAAAAGAAGUCGUUUACUGUCAUUUACGCCCUUUCUCGAUGACAAACAAAUCCUGAGAGUUGGAGGAAGAUUGAAACAUGCAGAUUUAGAGUUCCUGAGCAAACAUCCAAUUAUCCUGUCCAAGAACAACGUACUGAUACCACUUUUACUUAACGACGCACACAAGAAGACGUUGCAUGGAGGCCCUCAACUGAUGACUACAUAUCUUAGAGGAAGAUACUGGCUGAUUGACGCAGGAAACACUAUAAAAACAUACGUGAGAAAUUGCUUUCCUUGUGCUAAACAAAAAGCAAAGACAGUAACUCAACUGAUGGGUGACUUACCUGAGAUACGAGUGAAGCCGUCAAGAGCGCUCCUUACAACUGGUGUAGAUUUCGCAGGUCCAGUAAACGUGCGCAUGAGCCCUGGACGAGGAACAAAGACUUUCAAAGCAUAUAUAAGCAUCUUCAUCUGCAUGGUAACUAAAGCAAUACAUAUAGAAUGUGUGAGCAACAUGUCUAUGGAAGCGUUCAUGGCAGCAUUUAGAAGAUUUACAUCAAGAAGAGGAUUCGUCAAGGAGAUGUGGAGUGACCACGGGACUAACUUCAUUUCCUCGAGCAAAGAAAUACUAGAGACUUGGAGACUUGGCAAGUCAACAAUCCCUGUUGAACUAGCAGCCCUACUAGAUACAGAAGGCACCAAGUGGAAGUUCAUCCCUCCUGGAUCACCAAACCAUGGCGGAUUGUGGGAGGCCGGAGUCAAGAGUAUCAAGUUUCAUCUUAAGAGAACUCUCGGAGACGCUACACCUACCUUCGAAGAAUUUACAACUCUUUUGAACCAGGUCGAGGCUUGUCUGAACUCAAGACCUUUAUCACCGCUGAGCGAUCAUCCUGAUGACCUAGAGCCGCUGACACCAGCACAUUUUCUUGUCAGAGAACCGAGUCACCAUCCCGGAGAGAGAUUUGACACAACAUAA